AUGUUUUUUAUUUUUUUUUAUUUUUGUAAAUGUGAUACUUCCUCCUCCUCCUCCACUACCCCCUUCCUCGUCCCACAUCGCCUCGUCCUCCCUCUCAACCACCUUCUCCUCCUUCUCCUCCACCACUCACCCUCCCUCUUACUCCCACAUUCCCCUCCUCCUCCUAUUCCUCCUCCUACUAUUCCUCCUCCUCCCCCUCCUUUUCCCAUAUUCCCCUCCUCCUCCUCCUUCUCUUUAAUCUGCUCCUCCUCUACUCACCCUCCUUCUCCUCCUCCUCCUACUCCUCCUCCAUUCCAUUCCCCAUCCUCCUCUCCUACUCCACCACCCUUCCUCCCUCCUUCCUCUUCCUGCUGCUCCUCCUCCUCCACUCACCUUCUUCCUUCUCCUCCUCUUCCCCUCAUUCCCCUCCUAGUCCCCUCCCCUCCGCCUACUCCACCAUUCAUCCCUCCUCCUCCUCCUUCACUCUCCCCCUCCUCCCUCCUCCACCAUAUCACCACCUCCUACUCCUCCUCCACAGUCACGCCCCUCCUCCUCCUCCCUCUCCCCCGCCUCCUCCUCCACCAUAUUCCCACCCUCUAUCUCCUCCCCUCCUCCUCCUCCUCCUCCUCCCAUAUUCCCCUCCCCCCUCCUCAUCCUCCUCUUCAACUCACCGAAAUGCAAAGGCGAAAAGUUGAUUACUUCUCGAAAACAGCGAACAACAACAACCGACGCCUCCUCGAAUGA